UAAGAGGACAGAGCAGCAGAUGCCAGGGAAACACUGCUGGGAACUUCCUGGCAGUGGGGCGCGAUGCAGGGGAGACAUAAAGGUGGAGAGGGGUCCUCCGACACAGAAGAGCCCCGUCCCAAUAGCCUCUCCUCCCUUUCCUCCCUCCCAGGCGAAUGUUCCCCCCUUUCAAGGUGCGAGUCAGCGGCCUGGACAAGAAGGCCAAGUACAUCCUGCUGAUGGACAUUGUGGCUGCUGAUGAUUGCCGCUAUAAGUUCCAUAACUCGCGCUGGAUGGUGGCAGGCAAGGCCGACCCCGAGAUGCCCAAACGCAUGUACAUCCACCCAGACAGCCCGGCCACGGGGGAGCAGUGGAUGGCCAAACCUGUGGCCUUCCACAAGUUGAAGCUGACUAACAACAUCUCCGACAAGCACGGCUUUACCAUCCUGAACUCCAUGCACAAGUACCAGCCGCGCUUCCACAUCGUGCGAGCCAACGACAUCCUGAAGCUGCCAUAUAGCACCUUCCGCACCUACGUGUUCCCCGAGACCGACUUCAUCGCGGUCACUGCCUACCAGAACGACAAGAUCACUCAGCUGAAGAUCGACAACAACCCGUUUGCCAAGGGCUUCCGGGAUACCGGGAACGGCCGGCGGGAGAAAAGGAAGCAGCUGACGCUGCCGUCCCUGCGCUUGUACGAGGAACACUGCAAGCCGGAGCGCGACGGCGCCGAGUCGGAUGCCUCGUCUUGUGACCCUCCCCCCGCACGGGAACCACCGCCCUCCCCGGGCGCAGCGCCCAGUCCCCUGCGCCUGCACCGGGCCCGAGCCGAGGAGAAGUCGUGUGCCGCGGACAGUGACCCAGAGCCCGAGCGGCUGAGCGAGGAACGCUCCCGGGCGGCGACAGGCCGCAGCCCGGCUCCGGACAGCGCCAGCCCCCCUCGCUUGAGCGAACCCGACCGCGCCCGGGAGCGGCGCAGUCCGGAAAGGGGCAAGGAGCCGGCCGAGAGCGGCGGGGACGGCCCGUUCGGCCUGCGGGGCCUGGAGAAGGAGCGCGCCGAAGCCCGGCGGAAGGACGAGGGGCGCAAGGAGGCGGGCGAGGGCAAAGAGCCGGGCCUGGCGCCGCUGGUGGUACAGACAGACAGUGCGUCCCCCCUGGGCGCCGGACACCUGCCCGGCCUGGCCUUCUCCAGCCACCUGCACGGGCAGCAGUUCUUUGGGCCGCUGGGGGCCGGCCAGCCGCUCUUCCUACACCCAGGACAGUUCGCCGUGGGACCCGGCGCCUUCUCUGCCAUGGGCAUGGGUCAUUUGCUGGCCUCGGUGGCAGGCGGCGGCGGCAAUGGUGGAGGCGGCGGGCCCGGGACCGCCGCGGGGCUGGACGCAGGCGGGCUGGGUCCCGCGGCCAGCGCAGCAAGUACCGCCGCGCCCUUCCCGUUCCACCUCUCCCAGCACAUGCUGGCAUCUCAGGGAAUCCCAAUGCCCACUUUCGGAGGCCUCUUCCCCUAUCCCUACACCUACAUGGCAGCAGCUGCCGCAGCUGCCUCAGCUUUGCCGGCCACCAGUGCUGCCGCUGCCGCUGCUGCCGCCGCGGGCUCCCUCUCCCGGAGCCCCUUCCUGGGCAGUGCCCGGCCCCGCCUGCGCUUCAGCCCCUACCAGAUCCCAGUCACCAUCCCGCCUAGCACUGGCCUCCUCACCACCGGGCUGGUGGCCGAGGGCUCCAAGGCUGCGGGUGGCAACAGCCGGGAGCCCAGUCCCCUGCCCGAGCUGGCUCUCCGCAAAGUGGGGGCCCCAUCCCGUGGUGCCCUGUCGCCCAGCGGCUCAGCCAAGGAGGUGGCCAGUGAACUGCAGAGCAUCCAGAGACUGGUGAGUGGGCUGGAGAGCCAGCGAGCCCUCUCCCCCAGCCGGGAGUCACCCAAGUGAGGGGGCUGCCCAGCUGCUCCACUGCCACGCAGGCCUCCCGGGCUGCCUGCCCCUGAUGCUUGGGAUGUGUACAGCACAGAGUGGGUAUUUAUUUAAAUAAAGGAGCAAAAGUGGGCUGCAGCAGCCAGAAUAGAGCCUCGUCUGGCAAGCUGGGGCCUGGGACACUUCCCUGGGCCUCAACAAGGAAUCAGGCUGCCAGGAACAGUCACUUUGGAGCCACUGGACUCGGUCCAGAUCUGCUCCAGCGUCAAGGUGGCAUCUGCGGGGUCUCUCCGGUCUUCCAGCGCUGCGGGGGAGACCCCAUUCCGGGCCCAGCGGUCCCCCGGGAAACCAGGGGAGGGAGCUUUGGAGGGCGUCCCAAGGACCCUGGCCUUGGGCCUAGACGGUGUGAGAAACUGGGGUGGGGACGCUGGAGCCAGUGAAAACUGAAGUCAGUGUAGACUUGAGCUGGGAGGGGACCUGUCCUUUUAGUCUUCCCACCUCUUCCCCCCAAGACACAGGCGCCCCCCACCCCUGGGUCAGCGGAGGGAGUGGCACUUCUGCCUUGAGUCCCUAGGGAGAAAAAGAUAUUUAUGAAAUAAAUGGUAAUUUGUGUAAAUAAGCUUUAAGGUUCCCAGAAUAUGCAAAUUGGUAUUAAUUUAUUCAAAGGUGUACAUGGCUGUGUACAUAUAUUUAGAGAUUAACUCAUAGCAUUUAAUUUUUUUUCCAUUUUCCAUGAGCAUCUAUAUUGUACAGGGCUGAGGGGACCCUGACCGCGGGAGAAGGCCCCGAGCCCCAAAGGAUCCCCCACCCCGCCCGGCCCUCGGCCCCUCGGCCCCUCGGCCCCUCCGCCCGGGCUUUGCUCGCCCGGCCCGCGGGCUCCACCUCAGGUUUUCACUUUUCGCUCCCGAGCGAGAACGAAACGACAAAACGCGAGAAAACAAUAAAACGCUACAAUGCGAA